GGUUUCUAACUCUCCAACCUUUUUAGUUGCUCUAUUCACAUAUGUAUAUAUGUACGUACUUGCGUAAUAUGUAUUAACUUGAAACAACAACAAUAAUACAAAGGAGAAUUUGGUCAUUCGAGCGGGUGAAAUUCGCAUAAAAAGCCACAUAUCGGAGCUAAGGCUCACGAUCCCGUAAUAUGGAACAAGAAGAACAUGCCAUUAUCAUUGCUGCACUCUCCACCUUAGCUCCUCCCCAACUUUCAGAUCUAACCCAUUCUAUCCUCUCGCAAACCCUCCAUCACCACCACCGCCUUUCCUCCCUCCUUUCCUCUCCUUCCUCCUUUUCUCUCGCUAUCCACCACCUCCAAUCCCUUUCCCUCUCUCACAAAACCCUACUUAUUGCUAACCACCUCCUCUCCUCCCUCAACCACCUCACACGCCAUUUCCACCCGCAACCACUUCCCGCCACCAUCAAACACCGUGACCUCGACGCUGCGUUGCUUCUCCUCCUCCUAUGUGAUGUUCAUCAAGAAAACCCUGAAAUACUUGCCGCCCCACGUUCAGAAUGGCGGGAAGUUUUAAGCAAGCGUUGCUCUGAUAUCAUGUUAGAUCAUUCUAGCAUUGGGGUCUACUAUGGUGGCGUUCUUUUACCCUAUAUUGAGAUGAUAGUACGGUGUUGGAAGUUUGUCAAUGGAACGGGUGGUUGUGUAGGGAAAGAAGGGAGGGAAGUGGCAGCUUCACCAGCAGCCGUGGUGGCGCUGCCGACAGUGGAGGUUAAAGGAGGUGGUGGUGGUGGUGGUGAUGGUGGUGGAGAGUGUGGGAUAUGUAAAGAAAAUAUGAGACGAGGAAGAGACGUUUGUGAAUUGCCAUGCAAACAUUUGUUUCAUUGGAUGUGCAUUUUGCCAUGGUUGACGAAGAGGAAUACUUGCCCAUAUUGCAGGUUUGAGCUUCCUACAGAAGAUGCGUUUGGAGAGAUCCAACGGCUGUGGAAUCUUCUAAUCAAGAAAGGAGGUGCUGAACAUGUCUGAUCACAGCUGGUUGAUUGACGUGGCAGAAUCAGACGGACUUGUUUGACUGCCCCUGGUCGAAGUAAACAUGGACCAUAUAUAUAACAGAUACUAUAGACUUGUAGAGGAUCACAUGUUAUUGACGAUAGGGACACGUGUGGUUAAGUAUAUGAGCAGGUGUAUAGAUAUAAAUAAAGGGAAUUAGUGGCUAGUUAGGAAAAAUCCAAUUCCUGUAUUAUAUUUAUCGACCAUGCAUACUUGUACCGAAUUGAAAUAAUUGAAUAAUAAUUUGCAUUUUUUUUCUUUUUA